AUGACUUACAGCAUCCCUCUUUCCUUCCCCCUCUCCUCCUUUUCCUCCCCCUCCCCUUCCUUGUUCUCCUGCCUCCCUGCAUCACAUCACAAUCCUGAUAAGCGCAAGCCAGGCCUCAAGGAUACAGACUAUCAAGCUGUCGCAACCAAGCCGCUCACCAAUUUCAACAAGUACUUUCGCUAUCAUGGUGGACUGGCGCACUCAGACCGUCAGCAAGCAGAAGCGGACUGUCGUGGGGCCCUCCUAUCCCCCAUUCCUUCCCAUCCCCCCAUCCCUCCUUCUCUACCCCACUCUCCCCAUUGUCCCACACCCGUCCACUCCCCCACCCCAUCAGCUGCGUGUUGGGCUCUCGUCCCAGUGGCAGCGAUCGAAGCAGCCUACGCCAUCGCGUUCGGGUUGAACCAGCCCAACAUCUCUCCCAUCCGUCCCAUCCGUCUCAUCCCUCUCUAUUCUCCCCCCCUGUCAGCUGCGUGUUGGGCUCUCGUCCCGGUGGCAGCGAUCGAAGCAGCGUAUGCGAUAGCGUUCGGGUCGAACCAGCCCAACAUCUCAGGCCAGCACAUUCUCAACUGCCAGGGCACCUGGGAGUGCGUGGGGGGCCUUCCUUCCGACGCCUUCCAGUUUGCAGCCUCAGGGGGAGUGCUGCCGGAAUUCAUUGUGCCGUACACAGGCACAAAAGACGCAUCCAGCUGUCCGCCCGCCCAGAGGAGGAAAUUGGCAGAAUCCUUUCCUCCUGACCUCUGGUUCGAUCGAGCACUAGAGGACCACCUCCAUGCCUCUCCUGCUCAACCCCCUCCCUCUGUGCUGUGUGCCAAGAAAAAGCCCCCCCCUGCCCCGGCUGCCCAGCCGGUCCCGGGGCCGUACCGGGUUGCCAUGUUUGAACAGGUGGCGGUGUCUGGUUUGCUGGGCAUGGUCAUCGCGCUGCAGGCGCAGCCAAUCAUUGCGAACGUGGAGGCGGACCAAACGUCUUUUAUCGAAUACACCGGGGGCUACAUCUAUGCGGACCCGGACUGUUUUAUCAACGGGGUGGUGAAUCACAUAGUGCUGCUCGUGGGCUACAGCAUGUCUGGCGCGACGCCCUACUUCAUUGCGCAAAACACCUGGGGAGCCACCUGGGGGGUGGGCGGCUUCAUGCAGAUGGCCAUUGCAUCAGGUGACGGCAUCUGUGGCAUCAAUACCUCUCCCGCUCUCUACCCUGUGGUCCGGGGUCCCAACCCGUGUGUGCCGAACCCGUGCGGGAGCGGCACGUGCAGUGCCGGCAGGGGCCCGGGGGGAUACACGUGCAAGUGCAAGACGAAUUUCGUUGUGGGGAAGAAUAUCGACCAAUCACCUGUGUGCAUACCACUGAAGCCCUGCUCGCUGAACGCGGUCAACCCCUGCCAGGUGGGCACGUGUCUGGACGACGCCAGAGGGGGCUACAACUGCAUCUGCCCGCCGGGUUUCUUCUUUGAUACCCGGCCCGACAACACGCCCUCCUGCAUCCUUGGCCCCACGCCCGAUGAAAUCAAGGUUGUUCCCGGGCUCACAUGCGACCUGGUCAUGUCUAUCUAUGGCAUCACCCUCACCAACUUUACCCAGCUUAACCCGGAUCUGAACUGCAAGAAGCUCAAACUAGGCGAUGACAUCCAUAUUGGCGACACCAACCCAUGUGCCACGCCCUAUACGGUCACUUCUCAAACCAGUACGUGUGCAUCCAUAGCCGCAGCAUUCAACAUCACCACGGUUGAGCUGCAGGAGCGCAACCACGAGCUCAAAUGCAACAAGGCGCUGCAGAUUGGGCAGCAGCUCUUCCUUUUCAAUUUAAACGCGUCCAGCACAUUGCAUGCGCUCUGGUUUCCAGUCUGGGACUCCAUGCCACAGGUGUGUGGGGCGAGGGGCACAGCUGACGUGGCUGUGUGUGUUCCAGGACGGGGAACAGCCGACCUGCCGGUGUGUCAGGAGUAUGUGACUGUAGCGGAGGGAGACACGUGUGACACUAUAAUGAGGUCUGCGCGGCCGCCGCUGACCGGCCAGGAGUUCUAUGCGCUGAAUCCAGGCAUCAACUGCAACGUGGGGGAUCAGAGUCUACUGGGGCAGCAGGUGGGUUAG